AUGAAUGGAGGAAGUCUAGCGGCGUCUUCGAAGUCUGCGUUCUACGCCUUUCCCGCUCUGAAAGCACAAUUUCUAACUAGAGACAUCAAACAGUCUCAGAUUGUUCUGGCAUUAUGGACUAGAUUCAAAGAAGAAUCAGUUUGUGCAGACAACACUUUGCCAGCCGAACUCAAACCAAAGGUCGAAAUAUAUCAGGAAGUUAAAGAGAUUCAUAAGGAAGAUCUGCUGUUCGUUUUGAAGUUGAAGCAGAACUUCCAGUACGGAAAAGCCGUGAUGAACUUCUACAAAGUAGGAGUUGUAAACGUGUGGAACAACAGAAAGGUCAGUAACAGGCUCAAGAAAAAGCAGUAUAAACUAGGAGGGAUAGUAGAUAGAAAGGGUAGAGAGUCAGAGAUAAGAAUUCCCAAUGUGACUAAAUUAACGGCAGAUAUGGCUCAAGCCCUUUACAUAAGCCAGAUGGAAACCAAGACCGAAAACGACAAGAAUGCUGGCAAUGUCAUAAAAGGAGACUUUGCAUCAAAAGUAAUAGAUACUGAUCUCUUCAGUAUGACCAGAAAAGAAUUCCAGACCAUUCGCAGAACUACAGAAGACGCGCCAAAGAUUCCCUUGUUCGCUGUGAUUCUUCUUAUCUUCAUGGAGUCUACUCCGCUUGUAUGCUAUGCUUUCCCGCAGAUAACACCUCUGACUUGUGUUCUUCCUAGUAUUCUUCCUCGUUUGUGGAGUUCUUCUUCAAAUGACAAGCUCCAUGAGAUCAAUUCAAAGUUGUUUAAAACGACAGGUCUUCCAGAUUUGGCUCUUAGAAACGCAUACAAUCUCCCGAUUGAGGAAGGCCGUCUUAUGGCUAGGACACUAAGACUAACUUCCAAGUUCGUACCUCUUAGCUUGUACCCAGAGUCAUUGGUCAGACGGCGACUUCAGGAACACUACAACUAUUUAAAGGUAGAUAACUACUACUUAAGUGGCUUGAAUGGUGCAAAGUCAGGUAAUCUCUGGAACCUCUCCAACCAGGAGUUAAUUUUAGCAUGCCUCGAAAGAAAUCUCAUUAGAGACAUUAAGGGUGAUGUCAAGACCUUCCAUGACAUCAAAGACCCACAAGUCAGAAAGGAAUCGGAAAUGAGGUUCUUCCGCAAGUUGAGACUUCGUCUUUUCCAAUUCAUAGUAGACUUCGACAACUACAAUAUUGGAUACUUGGGAUUGACCCAUCUUCUAGAAGAUACGAGAGCACCUCAAAAAAUCUUAGAAUGGCAUGAUCUAGACAAUUAG